AUGCGCUUUAGUAUUAAUGACCUUAUCCAUGACAAACCUCCAUCUCCAACAUCCCGACUCUCAAGCAAUGAUUGGAUGCAAGACCCAUUUGUUCAAAAUCGCUUGACAGAAUCAAACAAUCCUUUCUCAGCCAAUGAUCGUAAUGAAGGCCUUUCGAUAUCAUCUUCGGCGACUGGAUUUAAUAUUGUCAAUCAGUUCCCCUUCCAAGACCAGCAAAAGUUUCACUCAGUACAUGGUCCAUCUGUCCCUGCAGCCAGAAUAUUUGAUGGGACUGCACAUCUCCAAGGGCCUCAAAACACCAGCGAGCCCCCAGCUUACCAGCCUGUAGGCCAAUCAAACGGAAUUGAAGCCGAACAGCCAAGGGGAAAUUCUCCCCAAAUUCCAAUUCAAAUUGAGUUCACUUUCUACUUAGCCACGGAAUCACCAGCUCGCCCCAGCAAUCCUCGAAAACGCCCACCCCCCGCUUCCAAUGAGCCCAGGACUGAGAAAAAAGUCCAUUCUGAUCCUGAUACAAUUCGGAUUUAUUGGGAUGCUCAAGACCGCAACUUUGAAAGAUUCAAAGACACAGUCAUCCAAGCAAUUGGCGAGAAAGAGGGAGAGCAACUUGCAAUAUUUGCUCGUACACAAGACUCUGCAGGGAACAUAGACUGGUGUGUAUCAAUCCCUUUUGGUGGUUUAUUUGCAGCAAACCACAAACGACGUCUGGAGAAUUCCAAGGUAUUUGCCCGAUUUAUCACUGCUGCUGAAGGUGCCUCCGAUGAUCGGAAAGUGUUGUGUCAAUUAGUAAAAAAGGACCCAAAGGCCAUUGCUGAAAAAGCAUCAGCCUUAAAACGUCUCAAGCAAACUCAGUCAGGCUUGAAUCCCGAUGGGCUUGGUAACAAUCCAGAAGUCACCCCAACAGCUUCGGAAUCAUCUGGGGCAGAGAUCACAAGGCUCAUUCGGGACAUUUUGACGGCUCACGAUCCAUGCAAGCAACUCUCUGGUAGUUCUGAGAAGCCAGUUUUCAUCAACCCUGAAAACCAAAACGAGCUCUUUGUCAUAACAUUUCCCAAGGCUGAUGCCUGGGCUAGGGCAAUUAUGAGUUUGAACAAACCGGACUCACCACAAGUAUUCCAUCUGCUUCUAAAUCAAGCCCCACUGCAAGUCAAUCGGCUCAUCCAGCUCCACCGGUCCAACACGCUCCGAACAUCAGCACCUUCAGGUUUGUCAAACCCGGUUGCUUCCACCUCUACUGCCCAACCCAGUGAAGCUCCUGUCAUCAAAAGCUCUCCAGCUCCUUCCGAUGGUACAUCAAAUCUUGAAGAUUUUCUGAAGUUUGCCCGAGGGAAUGGCGACUCAGUUGCUUUGAAUGAAGGUCUCAACGAGCUUGGGAUUACCCAUUGGUCAAUGUUCCAAUUGACUAACGUUGAAGAGCUUGUAGAUGCUGGUAUUCCACGUGUAUCUGCUCGAUCACUUCUUCGGGCUUUCAGGAGAUACUCCAAAAUGAAAAAGAAUGACACCCAUCACGAUUGA